AUGGCAUCCAACGGCACUGGGAACACUGCACCGACGUUGACGACCAUCACGAUUCUGCUGUUCAUAUGGGCGACUGUGUCGUAUGGUGUCAGGUCAUGGGUCAAACUUCAAAAGAGAGACCAUUGGGGGCUCGACGAUGCAUCAAUCACGUUGGCAGUGUUCGCAAUGCUGGGGCAGAUAAUUGCGUUGUGCUACUCGAUCCAUCGAGGAUAUGGUAGUCCUUGGGAUGCUAUGUCUCCCGACGACAAGGAAGUGGUCGAGCAGUCACUGUUCGCCAGCCAAGUGCUCUACGUAGCCUCCAUCGGCUUCACAAAGAUGUCUACUGGACUCUUCACUGCCAGUGUUCUGACAAGAGAUCCACGCAAUAUCAAGAUCGCUCGCGCUCUGGUAGGACUCUGUUGUGUGUGGCUGGUGGCCUCCAUCUUUACCAUCACGCUACGCGGCGAUUUGUCGCAGCCAUGGGAGACUCUCAACGAUACGACAGUGUGGACGAGAUGGGUCGGCAUAGAAGCAACGGGGUUUACGAUGGACGUCUUCUCCGCAGCGUUGGCCACGUACUUGGUCUGGUCUCUCCAAAUGGCCGUCAAGAAGAAGCUCGCCGUGUUCUGCAUACUGAACUGCCGCUUGCUACUCGCCCUCCCAGUAGCCUUCCGCCUCUACUACCUCCACCCCUCCCAGCACAACUCCGACUACAUCCCCGCCGACAUCGUCACCGAAGUCAUCCAAGGCACCUCUAUCGUCUUCGCCUGCAUAACCUGCCUCAAACCCUUCCUCUCCCCCUUCGACCCCGUCGCGUUCAACAUCAGCGUUCCACGCUCUGGACUUUUCCGCUACACCGCCGAAACACCGAGCGGAAGAGGGGAUCGGUACUACGAGCUCAGCGGUCCGCGGUCAGGGACAGAUAGGAAAUCGAGGACGUUGGAGAGUACGCGGAGUAUUGGUGUCGAUGGCGGACAGGAAGAUGAGUUGCCAUUGACGGACGCUAUUACGUCGGUUCCGACGUUUCGACCGCCUGGGGUGUCGCAUUCGGCGCAGGCGAAGUCGACGCAGUGGCGGCAGAGCGUUGGGGCGCAUGGGAAUGAUCACAGUAUUUUCAAGACUGAGAGCUAUACUGUGAGCGUUAGGGAUAUGUGA